ACUGCUGUACUACCUGACUAUACUGCAUGAUGAAAAUACAGUACAUCCAUGUGUGCACAGGUACAGGUAACUGCACGCAAGACGUACCGCGACUGCCGCUAGGUUACGAAAACUUUUUGGAGAAAGGCAUGAAAGCGGACGCCCAGGAAUCAUGGGAAUUUUGAGGCUAUCUCUCAGCCGAGCAGUUCGUCAGUUCACCACCUCAACUUUCUCUGGCUGUGAGGUGCGUGUCCGGUUUGCGCCAAGCCCCACUGGACAGCUUCACCUCGGAGGCCUUCGGACAGCCCUCUACAACUACAUCUUUGCCAAAGCACACCAGGGCAAAUUUAUUUUGAGGAUUGAAGAUACAGACCAGGCACGGCUUGUCACUGGUGCAGAGGAGCACUUGCAGAACAUGCUUGAGUGGUCUGGCAUCAAUCCAGAUGAAGGUCCCGUUCAGGGAGGAGAUGUUGGACCAUACAGGCAGUCGGAACGGCUUCAUAUCUACAAGAAGCACAUAGAGUCUCUGGUUGAGUCAGGUGCUGCAUACCACUGCUUCUGCACAGAGCAAAGGCUAGAACUGCUCCGGAAGGAAGCCGUGAGAAACAGACAGGUGCCCCGCUAUGAUAACAAAUGCCGACACAUACCACAGCAAGAGAUGCAAGACCUCUUGCAUUCGGGGAAACCAAGUGUGGUGCGAUUUAAGCUCGAGCCGGACGGGGAAUCGUUCGAGGAUCUGGUCUAUGGUAAAACAAGCCAUGAUACUUUCCUCAUAGAAGGAGAUCCUGUAUUGAUCAAAAGUGAUGGCUACCCCACCUACCAUUUCGCCAAUGUUGUUGACGAUCAUGUAAUGGGAAUCACACAUGUGCUGCGGGGUAUGGAGUGGCUGACAUCUACACCCAAACACCUCAGCCUCUACAAGGCCCUGCAUUGGACUCCUCCAAAAUUUGCACAUUUGCCGCUACUUCUUAACAAAGAUGGAAGUAAGUUAUCCAAGCGUCAAGGGGAUAUAUUUGUGCAGCAUUUCAAGGAUGCAGGUUUCUUGCCAGAAGCAUUGGUCAAUUUCAUCACUUUCUGUGGGUCAGGCUUCGAAGAGAACAAGGAGAUACGGGACAUGGAGCAGUUGAUACAGGAGUUUUCACUAGAUCGAGUCACCACCCAUUCCGCUGUUCUGGAGAUGAGGCUACUACCCGAUGUCAACAGGGGUCACAUCACUCGGUUGCUGGCAAGGGCAGAAGGCAGGCAGAGACUGGUAGCUCAGCUCAGGCAAGAUGUGGAAGAGUUGCUGACAAGAUCAGGAGAACUGGGCAAGAUUGAUGACCUCACGGAUGAGUAUCUACUAAGAGUUCUAGAAGCCCGUAAACAACAUGUUGGAAGGCUGCAAGAUUUGUGUCAAUCAGACCACAUCUACCUAUGGUUACGGCCAAGCCUCAGCAAGGAAGAAUUAACUUCAGUGUCUCCACAUGCAGAGCUUGUGUUAGAACAAGUAUGCAAGGAGAUUGGUAACCUCCAGGAGGUGGCACUCGGCGAGGCAGGAGAGCUCUCGCCCAAGCUGAGGAGAUGCAGUGAAAGCAUGGCUGGCAUCCCUUACCCUGUCUUCAUGAAGGUGCUGAGAGCUGCCUUGAGUAAUCUCAAGAAAGGAGCGAGUGUAGCAGAAAUGAUCGUAAUGCUUGGAAAGAGAGAGGCACUCUACCGUUUACAUGUAGCAAAAGAGAUCAGUGGACAGCCUGUCACAGACAACAGGUGAUGAGGCUUCCCAGGGUACUUGACUAAUGAUCACCGUGUAAAUGAAGCCGAAGAGAUGAUUGGACAGUCUGUCACAGACAACAGGUGAUACCUCUCCACAAGGUCUAAAACUAAUGGUCACUGUGUAAAUAUAGUCAGAGAUCAUUGGAAAGAUGGUCACAGGUAGGAGGUGAUGGCACUACAUAGGGUCUUAUGACCAACUGAUCACCUGUCCAGAGAUGAGAGAUGUUGCUAUGCUGUGCAGAUUAUUAGAAAUAGUUGCGAGAGGCAUUCUUGGCACAGAGACUUAACGUUGGGCUGUGACUGUAGCAUUGCCCUCAAUGCUGUUCAGCUUUGUGCAAGCGAUAAUGCUGCAAGUGGGAACUUUUUAUUGCUAUUUAUGUUGUGUGUGUAUGGAGCCAUUUAGAAAAUGUUAACCUCAGUGUGUGCCCAAGAGGUCAAACAGGGAUGGAGACAGACAUUAAACGACCACACAGUAAACAGGUCAA